AUGGAAUGGGACGAUAUUGUUUAUCUAUCAUUGUUAUUUUCCUGCAUAGGAUUCGGUCACUUCUUGAGACAGAUAAAAGAUAAAGAAUGUAGAAAAUGGGUAGCUACUGCUUUUGGUUUUACAAUUGUAUUUAUUGCUUCAGGCAGACACAUAUUACAUCCCUUGUUUACUGUCUUGGUCAACUCACUCAUCAUCUUAUAUGGAAACAAAAGAUCCAUCCAUGUCUACAGUUUUGCAUUCACGUUUACUUAUUUGAUAUUCUUCCGAACCACGGAAUAUUUCGGAAUACCUUAUCCACCGUCUCACACAAAUCUUAUACAAAUGAUUCUUACACUUAAGCUGGUUGGAUUGGCGUUUGAAGUGCAUGACAGUGCAAUUGCUGAAAAGAACAAGGACUCCGACAUUGCAGAUGAUUCUCCUCUCAUAGAGCCGGAGGUUUGUCGUAUUGCGCCUCCUGGGUUCAUGGACAUUUUUCACUACUCGUUUUGCUACAUUGGCGUGCUGACAGGACCAUACUUCAAGUACCGCAUGUACUGGGAUAUGUUUAAUGCUCCAUUUUCUGAACUGGCUCCGUGCAAAGAGGCUACGUUGGAGAGGAUUAUGCCAGUCCCUCUCUGGGCCGUUGCUUUCCUCAUUUCAUCUUACAUCUUUCCUCUUAAGUACGCCAUGACAGACGAGUUCUACAACGAACGCUCGAUGGCGUACAGAGUCUGGUACUUGUAUCCGUCGUUCUUCAACUUCCGCAUGCGUAUGUACAUCGGGAUGCGUCUGUCUGAGUGUGUCUUUACGAUGAGCGGGUUGGGAGCCUAUCCAGCAUUUACACAGCCUAAACCUGGUCAGGGGCCUUCUACUGAGUUUUUCGCCCUAUCCAGAAUGAUGGGUGCAGGAUUGAACAGUUCUCAAGCAAAGACGGAGAAGUACAGCUUUGCUGCUAUUUAUAACAUUGACUCGUGGGGAUCAGACUUCCAGCCAACCAUCAGAUCUUCCAUGAAGUGCUGGAACAUGACCAUUCAGUAUUGGCUGGCCACUUACGUCUACAAGAGAUUCCCCGUGAAGGCUUACAGGAUGCCUGUGACAUUCGUAGUUUCCAGCUUGUGGCAUGGAGUGUACGCUGGUUACUAUCUCUGUCUAUGCUCCGUCCCGUUCUACUUGCCUGCGGAGGACAUGUUUUACAGGGCAUUCAAGAACAACUCCCUCCCCCCAUUGCUCCAUUACCCAUGGGUGUUCUUGCGCUAUUGGUGGAAGAUGCUCCACUUCUCCUAUUGGUCGAUGGCUUUCUCCUUGCUCCGCAUCGACAUCUGUCUCCGUUACUGGAGUUCUAUCUAUUUCCUACCCAACAUCUUGACUUUAGUGAUGUACGCUAUUGGACUGACAGUUCUUAAACCUUCCAGAGCGCCUGUGACUUCUAAGUAAUCAGUGUUUGUUUCAAAAGGUUUAUGUAGGCUAGUUAAGUCGGAGGUAAGUUUUAAGUUUCAUACUAGACAUGAUCACUGAUCAGGGAGUGAAAAUGUAUCUACGUUCUAAUCCAGCUAUAUGGUCAAGUAGUUUUGUAGCUUUUAUUUACUGUGUAAGUCAAAAGGUAUUUUUAAUGUUUAUCUAUAGAUUCAGUCUCAGGUUUUCUCUGUGAUCGUCUCAUUUUCUCAGUUGAGAUUCCUUUCAUUCUUUCCAUAUAGUAUCCUCUAUUUUUGUUUAGUUUAAACACCUCCCUUUUCAAAGUAAUAUUUUAACUUUUAAUUAAUAUAUUUCCUUGUUUAACUUAUUUCAAAUCUCUUUAAUAAAGGAAUCUCCAAUGCAGAAAGAGAUCUAUAUCUAUAUACCUUAAAAACUAUUUUUUAAGGCCAGAAAUUUAUCUGGACCAAAAGUUUUGCUCUCUAAUUGGAAGACUUGCUAUACCCAAGAGAAACCAAUUUUAUCACUGGUCUAUAAAAAGAUUGAAUAAAUCUUUUAUAAAAAAUAUUAAAUUCCAUUGAGCAAAUUUAAAGGUAAGAA